GCCAUGACAACGAGUCCGCGCCCCGCGCACGGCUGCCGCUCGGGCGGGACCCAGGCUGGACCGCGGGCCCCGGCCUGGGGGAACAGCUGCUACCGCCGCCGUCACCUCGUCUUCUCCACGUCCCCGUCCCGACCCGCGUCUCCUCGCCUCCCUCGGGUCCGCGGCCGGGGUCCCGCCCCGCCGCCCAAGCCCUGCGCGGAUGCCGAAGGUGAAGGCGCUGCAGUGCGCCCUGGCGCUGGAGAUCCGCUCUAUAAAUACCCAGGAGUGGAAUUGCUGGAUCCUAUAAGUGGUUCUAUUUUAGUUCUGUGAGGAACCUCCGAUAUACUGUUUUCCAUAAUGGCUGCACCAGUUGACAUUCCCACCAACAGUGUGUAACUUGCCCAGGAGUGGUGCUGAAAGACAAGGAGGACAUCUAUCUUAGCAUCUGUGUGUUUGGCCAAUACAAAAAGACACAAUGUGUCCCAGCCAAUUUUCCACUGGUCUUCAAUGCCAGAAUGGUGUUUGAAAAGGUGUUCCCUGAAGCAGUAGACCCUGGAGAUGUGGUUGCACAACUUGAAUAUGAUACGGCAUUGUUUGAGUUGAUUCAGCUAGUUCCGCCAGUGGGUGAAACACUGUCUACAUAUGAUGAGAAUACACGAGAUUUCAUGUUCCCGGGUCCAAAUCAAAUUUCUGGACACCAUGACUCAAACCGCCAGGUUACCAUGAGGAGGAUUUCUUGCCUUCGCGGAAUUGCUCCAAAGCUGGAAUUUUCUACAACCUCAGUGAUUACCGAAUGUCUGAUAAGUUCAAGGAAGUGCCACACUCAGGAUAAAUUUAUUCACCAUACGGCUCCAGUUGAAAAAUCACACGGCAGACUGCAAACCAGAACACCAAGGUCACAAAAGAAAAAAUCCAAGUCACCUGAGAGAAAUAAAUAUUGCAUAAAUGCAAAAAACUACGAACAGCCUACAAUUUCUUCAAAAUCACACUCUCCAUCUCCUUACACAAAAAGACGCAUGUGUGAGCUAUCUGAAGACACUAGGCAGCGGCUGGCCCAUUUAAAUCUGGGCCCCUAUGAAUUCAAAAAAGAAACAGAUAAACCUCCAUUUGUGAUUAGACAUGUUGAUCCCCCAAGUCCCAGGGCUGAUGCUUUAUUUGGAUCUUCUGGCAGAGACUGUGAAAGAGAUGGAUGGUCCAGGCUGCACAAUGAUCAUUCUCAUCUUGGCUGCUACCGACCCAAGGAUUAUAAGGUCAUCAGAACACCUCAUGGGAGAGACUUCGAUGACUCUUUGGAAAGAUGUGAUGACUAUUUGAGUUCAAGGUCAUGUAGCAAGCCCCAGCAUUCAUCCAGGACCUUACUCGUUCAUUCAGCACCCUCUACAAUGCCGAAGCAUUCUCCAAGCCCUGUGUUAAAUCGUGCUUCUCUCAGGGAAAGAUUCCAUUCUGAUUGGUGUUCACCUUCAAACUGUGAUGAGAUCCAUGACCGGGUAAAGAAUGUCUUGAAAUCACAUCAAGCUCAUCAGAGACAUUUAUAUGAUGAGAGAGACCCAGAGAAAGAAGAUGAACUGGAACUGAAAAGAGGUCUUUUACAUAGAGACUCUGCCUAUGACAGUGACCCAGAGUAUAGCUCAUGUCAGCAGCCACGUGGCACUGUCCAUUUGGAUGAUGGCGAAUACUGGUCCAACAAGGCAGCCUCUUAUAAAGGAAAAUCCCACCGACCCAUCUUUGAGAACAGCAUGGACAAGAUGUACAGGAACUUAUACAAAAAGGCCGGUAGUUCUGUUUCUCAUACACAGGAAAGCUGCUGAGACCAGUGGUGAUAACCUGUAUGAGUGUCCUGUCAACUUCUCAAUGAAAACAUUUGAUGUGAUCAGUAUCUGUAUUCCUUUUCUUUUAAGCAGGUGGUUCUAAUUGAGUACAGUAGUUAGACUUGAAUAAGUUUAUUACUUCAAAUGAUAAAUUAUCAUGGGCAAGCCUUCUUUUUCCAAUCACAGUAAAGAAUGCUAUAUUCUAAAAGUCAAAGCUCUGCAACACAAUCACAACCUCCAUUCUGAUUCUGAGAAGGCUGUUCUGUCACAUCUCUCUCAUAUCACCAGCUACAAAUCCAAACACAGAUUCUCUCUAGAAAUGUUCUUCUGCCUUAAUCACCUUGUAAUUUUCUUUUCACCUACUUGACCGGUUAUCUUGUCUAAGAUUUAAUUAUUAUUAUUAACUCCCUUUUCUUGGUCAUGAGCAAAAAGAUAUACUGUACAAAGAUGAAUUUCCCAGGAGUUUAAACCCUGUUUUAACUAGUAUUUUCUACCAUUUGCUCCCUCAGAAAAUGUUAUUGAUAUGUCUUAGCUCCUAAGAUACAGCUUUCUUUUUAAAGUUUCUAUAAUCAUUCACUCCCUCUUUUUAAAAAGAACUACCUAAGUUACUUAAAAUGCUUAACAGUUAUCUAGAAAUAGGAAUGGCCAUGGGUGAUCCACAAUGUGAAUAACUGAUUUUUUUUUUUUUAAAACAAUGUUCUUUUUUUUUUUUUUUAAUUUAUUUAUUUAUGGCUGUGUUGGGUCUUCGUUUCUGUGCGAGGGCUUUCUCUAGUUGUGGCAAGCGGGGGCCACUCUUCAUCGCGGUGCGCGGGCCUCUCACCAUCGCGGCCUCUCUUGUUGCGGAGCACAGGCUCCAGACGUGCAGGCUCAGUAAUUGUGGCUCACGGGCCCAGUUGCUCCGCAGCAUGUGGGAUCUUCCCAGACCAGGGCUCGAACCCGUGUCCCCUGCAUUAGCAGGCAGAUUCUCAACCACUGCGCCACCAGGGAAGCCCAAAUAACUGAUUUUUAAAGACAGAAUUUUUUGCAUGCUUUUCUUCUAGAGCCAUAUCUUUGGUGCAUCCAGAAUCAGAAAAUAGCCUUUGUUAAUAAGCCUGUAGAGACUCAGAAAGAAUAAGGGACUUAUAUUGUAAUUUCAUCUCUUUAGAGCUUUCAUAGGUAUCAAAUAGCCCAAGAAAGUAGCAUCCUUACUUUAAAGGACACUUGGAACCAUAAAGGGGAGGAAAAUAUUAGAGCGUAACUCUUGGUACUAGAAGGUUGUUAGUUGAUAAAAUUAGCUUCUCCCCCAUGCCCCAAACACACCUGUGAGGCAAGUGAGGCUUUGAAGAUAUGAAGAAAUCAGUUACCUUGUAUUUACCAGAGUGAGUGGAAGAAAAGCAGAGAAUAGGAAAUGGUAAACUUGGCUUAUAAACUUAAAGAGUUGACUACAAGGUAAUGUUUUCUCAUUGACUCCAUCUUUGGUUAAUUUUAUAGUUAUGAUCUUAAAAGAAAAAACUUGAGUUAAACUCUAUUUAAAUUGGAAUCAGCAUGUAAAAUUGGGUGAUUUAUUUUUGUAAUAGGAGAAAAUACGUAAUACUUGUUAUAAGACUUUUUUACUGUGUGUUUGAGUGUUUUAUCUGUGGCAAUCUGCAAGGUAUUGGAAAGCACAUCAGAGAUAGGAGCCAGGUGUCCUAGGCUUUAGAUCUCUGGUCCUUAGUUUCCUCAGUUAUCAAAUGGAGAGAAUGGAGUAGGUCAGCAUUUCCUGAACCAUGUUCUGUAGACCACUGUUCUAGGAGAUGGCUAUAGGAAAUACAAGUAUUUCAUUGGUCAUGUAAGUUUAGGAAAAAUCUAUGCAUUAUAUUCACACCCCUCAAACUUAGAGAGUCGUGCGUAUGAUAACAGGAGUGAAAAGGGGUGCUACUGAUGCUGAAAAAAUAGUGGUAAACUGGAGCUGUCCGGACAAACUACAUAUGGUCAUCUUAGUCAUAGUAAACAGUAGCACGUUAGAGGCUCCAAGAAAUCCUGGCAUAAAUAUGUUUCGCUCUAGCAUCUAGAAGAAAGUCUGACACAUAGUUGGUGCUCAUUACAUAUUUAUUGAAUUAACCCAGAAUUUCCUAAACUAAAUUGAGUGUGUAACAAUAUUUGUUGUUAUGGUUAUCUUUCCCCUCCCAUUCUGCUCCCCCAACUCCGCAUACUUCCUCUGAAAUGCCAUCUGCAGGUACAUGUGGACACAGUCAGGGAAAUACUGGACUACACAAUCACUGAGCUACCCUCUGGCUAUAAGUUAUAUGUUGAUGUUUUGUAUAAGCUUUUGAAGGUCAUUGAAUGAUGGUUUUUUAAAAAAAUCAUAUGUUCAAUGAAACUUAGUAUUUUUUCCCCUUUGGUAGAAACAAAUGAAAAAUUCCUCCAUUUAAAAGUUGCUUCUGGUGAAAAGAACAAAUAUGAACUUUAAAGAAAAUAUUUGCUCUCAUAGAAAAUCUCCUGAGUGAAUAAGUAUCACAAAAAUUACUUCUUGCACGUAUAUUUGCCAUUGUCAUACAAAGGCCACCAAAAAAUGGGUCUCAAAGGGGAACUUUAGAAAGUGAUAUUUUGAAAGACAUUUUCCUAUGGAUUAAAUUUGACAUCUCUCUGAAGGAUCGGAUGUAAAUUUCCACAUAUGUAGCAUCUUUGCUAAGUGUCUAUUUCCAUUCCCUAGGGGAAAGAGUGGUUUUUGUUGCUAUCCUUAACUGUUACUGCGAAUUCUUAUGUUGUAUUAUCUUUUAAGAGUAAAACCUUUAAGUACUAAUAGUUGCCUUUUCUCAUUGAAAGAAUCAGAAAGGUGCAGUAGUUUUUUCUUUUAAUCUUUUUUAAUAUCCCCUAAAAUCUAGUAAUAGUUAGUAGGCUUAAUAUGAAAGAUAAAUAGGUCUGUCUUCUUCUUUUUAAUGUAACUUUUCCUUUAAGUUAAAAAAAAAAAAAAGAACCUGGGAUUUUAGGAAGGAAAAUGUUAAUUCAACUAAGAAAAAAGAUGAGUCAUUGGACUGAGAAUGAGUUCUCCCUGGUUUCACUACUAUUUGUAUAACUUUAAGUCAUUUAUCCUUCUUGGAGCUCAGUUUUCUUACCUGUAAGGUGAGGAAGGGGUUAAUUUAGAAUGACCUUUUAAUGUUCCAACAUUUUUCUAAUUCUGUAAUUGAUCAAUAUAGAAGAUUAGGAAGUUCUAGGCAGCAGAGUUGUGUUGUGAUUUCAAAGAUUAUGCCCUUGAUUAAAAAUCUGGACCAAAUGGAGAAUUCUCAUUAUCGUGUUCAUUUUCUAAUAAUAGGUUUUUUGAGAUAGUUAAUAUACUACAAAAUUCACCCUUUAAAAGUAUACAGUUGAGUGGUUUUUAAUAUAUUCGCAGAGUUGUGCAACUGUAACCACUAGCUAUUUAUAAAAUAUUUCAUCACUACAGAAAGAAAUCCUGUACCCAUUAGCAAUCACUCCUCAUUCCCUUCUCCCCUCAGCUCCUGGCAACCACUAAUCUGCUUUCUGUUUCUAUGCUUAUUCUGGACAUUUCAUAUAAAUGGGAUUAUAUAAUAUGUGACUUUUGUGUCUGGCUUCUUUCACAUAGCAUAAUGUCUUCAGGACUCAUCCCUGUUGUAACAUGUAUCAGUACUUCAUUUCUUUUUAUUACUAAAAAGUAAUCCAUUGUAUGGAUAUAUCACAUUUUAUUUAUCCAUUCAGUUGGUGGGCAUUUCAUUGUUUCCACUUUGGGGAUAUUAUGAAAAAUGCUGGUACUAUUAACAUUUGUGAAGUUUGUGAGGACAUAUCUUUUUAUUUCUCUUGAGUAUACACUUAGGAAUGGAAUUGUUGGAUCAUAUGGAAACUCUAUGUUUAACAUUUUGAAGAACUGCCAAACUGUUUUCCAAAGUGACUCAACCAUUUUACAAUUAUUAGGUUUAUUUUUAUCUUACCUUAGGAACUUAGGCUAGUUACACAUUCAAGCACUCAUUCACCCAUUUAUCACAUAUUUAUUGAGCACUGUGUUAGAUAUAGAGUAUAAAAUUUUUAGAUGUAUCUUUCCACAAGCAUGCAGAUUCUAUUGAGAGAGACAAAUAACAGUGUAUUUCAACAUUUACAGUGGUUUGGUAACUUCUAUGAUAUAAGAAUGCACGAAUGAGGAUAGGGCAUGCUAGCUUGAUGCAACAGAACCUGCAAAAGUGUGAAAAUGGGAGAGAGCAUGAUUGUUCAGGAAACUCCAAGUGCUUUAGCUAGAGAUUGUGUACAAGGUUGCAAACACUUUGGUGGGACAGUUAAGAGGACCACAAAGAGAACAACAGGCCUGGAGCAGCAUUAGAUGUGGUAACCUUUGAGCUGGACAUUGAAAGAUGGGAAGGACUUUUGUGAACAGGAAACCAAGAUGGAAUAAACUCAAUAUUGAUCAGCUUUUAUGAGGGUGGAGGUGGGGUUGAGGAAAAUGUCCAGUAAUCAGUUAAAGAUCUAGAACUUGGGAGAACUCAAGAAUACAAAAUGGAUUUUUGAAAUCAGAUCAAAAUAAUGAAUUCAGAUCAAAAUGAACAAAAGCUCUAUGUUGUUCAUGUCCUAAUUUGUAUGUGACCAUAAUAGGCGCCCUGAGAGUAAUGGAAACCAAGUAAUUGUGCUUUUUACUUACUACUGAGGCCAUCGUGGUAGUGAGUUAGUUUGAGGGCCACCCUUUUAGAAAUUAAGAAAGAUAUUUUCCUCCCAAUCCCAGAUUGUCUAACUAGCUAGAAAUUUAUGUACAAAAUGAAGAGGUAAGAGGGAAAAGCCAACUUUCUGUUAUUGAGUUAUGAGAGUAUUAUUUAUCUCUGAAUGAUAUACUUUGAGCUUAAUUAUAUGAAGUUCCUUAGACAGCCAGAACUUGUGACUAUUCUCCCAUUUAACAAAUAUUAUUGAAGGUCUACUCAGUUUCAGGCAAUCUGCAAGGUACUGACUGACAUCUAGAGAUAAACAUAAACCUAGUUCCUGACCCUAGUUUGUGGGAGGAGACUGACAUUUACUUAUUAACGGUGAGAGAAGUACUAUAAUAGAUAGAAAUGCUAUAAGGUUUGCAAAUAUUUUCUCCUAUUCCAUUGGUCAUCUUUUCAUUCUGUUGAUUGUUUUCUUUGCUGUGCAGAACCUUUUUACUUUGAUGUAGUUCCACUUUGUCUAUUUUUGCUUUUGUUACCUUUGCUUUUGGUGUCAUAUCCAAGAAAUCAUUGCCAAGACCAAUGUCAAGAAGAUGUACACCUAUAUUUUCUAUGGGAGUUUUACAGUUUCAGGUCUUAUGUUUAAAUCUUUAAUCCAUAUUGACUUGAUUUUUAUGCAUGGUAUAAGGUAAGGGUCCAAUUUCUUUUUUUUUUUUCUUUUUUUUGCACGUGGAUACUACAGUUUUCCAAACACCACUUGUUGAAGAGACAAUUUUUCCCCAUUGUAUGUUCUUGGCACCCUUGUCAAAGAUCAGCUGACUGUAUGUGUUACUUUAUUUCUGAGCUCUCUAUUCUGUUCAAUUGCUAUUUGUCUGUCUUUAUGCCAGUACCAUACUGUUUUAAUUACUAUGGGUUUGUAAUUUAGUUUGAAAUCAGGAGUGUGAUGCCUCCAGCUUUUUUGUUCUUUCUUAAGAUCACUUUGGUUAUUCUGAGUCUUUUGUGGUUCUAUAUGAUUUUAUGAUUGUUUUUUCUAUUUCUAUAAAAAAUGUCAUUGGAUUUUGAUGGGCAUAACAAUGAAUCUGUAUAUCACUUUGGGUAGUGGACAUUCUAACAAGCCACAUGGUAACCACAAAAAAAAAAAACAAAAACAAAAACAUAAAGAAGAUACAGAAAAUAAAAAAAGAAAGGAAUCAAAGAAUGUCGCUAUAAAAAAAUCAACAAAGCACAAAGGAAUACAGCAAGAGAGGAAUAGAGGAACAAAGUAAAUGUAAAACAGAAAACAACAAAAUGGCAAAAGUAAGUCCUUUCCUAUCAAUGGUUACCUUAAACAUAAAUUAAUUAAACUCUCCAAUCAAAAGACAUAGAGUAGCUGAAUGGAUAAUAAAACAAGAUCCAACUAUAUGCUGUCUACAGGAAACUCACUUUAUAUUUAAGAACACACAUAGGCUAAAAGUGAAGGAAUGGAAAAACACUAUUCCAUGCAAAUAGUAAACAAGAGAGCAUAGGUGCCUAUAUUAAUAUCAGAAAAAAUAGACAUUAACUGUCAGAAGCAUCACUACAUUUCUGUUGCAGUAUAAGUUUAAAGAAGUUUAGCUUUCUGAGUUUAUGAUAUAGUUCAGAAAUAAGGUGAGAGAAAAUCUUUAAUGCCUUUGAAUAUAUGUAAUAGAAUUGAGAUUAAGUGUAUCCUAUUAGAGGCUUACUUUUAUCAGUGAAAGUCAUUUUUCACUGGAGUUUUUGUUUGUUUUUUAGUAAAAUUAGUGAUACAUGCAAAUAAAAUGUUGAAGAAGGAUUUAUGUAUAUAUGUUUUCAGAAAGUUCUAUUUCUAGGGCAUUGACAACAACACUGAAUAGUAGAAAAAGCACUUUCUUCACAACUUUUCUGAACUUCAUUUGUUUUACCUGUGAAAAAGGAUAUUAAUAAACACUGCCCUCCAUUUCUCAUAGAGCAUUAGGAUUAAAUAGGAAAGUAAAUGUGGACAUUCUUCUACAUAUAUUAGGCACUAUCCUAAUUACUUUUUGGAAGUGAUCUGGGAAAAGAAAUUUGCAGUUUGAAAAAUAUUCCAUCUGGCAUAAUAGCAAUACUGUUGUUUGUAGAGUUGAAGAGACCUCAGAUUUCUUUCUCUGUUUCCUUGUCACCUCUGUGUUACUUAACUUUUCUGAACUUGUUUUCUCACUUGUAAAAUGGAAGCUAUUUUCAUAGGUUUCUUGUGAUCAUUUAAAGAGUUAAUGCAUGUGGAACAUGUUGUACAAUGCAUGGUGCUCAAUAAAGUAUAACUGUAAAAACUAAAAUUCCAAGUCAAUAUAGAGGUGGUAUUCUGAACGAUCUUGAAGAUUUGAUUGGAGAAAAAAAAUGGAAUAAAUGUAAAAAUUUUUUCAAAAUUAUUUUAAGACCCAAGACCAAAUUAUUCAGAUUUUUUUGGUAUGGCUCUUAUAUUUACUAGUUAUUUAGUUUAUGUAGGUUGUAUAGUAUUAUGAGAAGAGUCAUAUACCUGGGUUUGUAUUCUACACUGUGGUGCUGUCUGGAGAUAUUAGACCUUAAUUUUUUUAUUUAUAAAAUGAGAAUGAUACCUACCUAGAAUGGUUACUAUGAAGAACAUAUUAGGUAAAUGAUGCAAAGUGACUAGCAUUGUACCUGAAAAAUAGUAGAUGCUUAAAAUUGAUUUAAUACCCUUUCCCUUUCAUUAGUUUCAUCAUUUUGUGCAUAAAUCCACCCAGGCAUAGACAGCUACCUUAGCGUCAUUAUUUUUACUAUAAUAUUUAAAAUCCUGUUAACCUUGUAUAUGUUGUGCACUUUGGUAGAGGUUUUACAUAGAUUUUGCAAGUGAAACUAAACGCAUGACUUUAGUCUUUGAGAAUAUUGUCCACUUCAACUUUAUAUGUGACUUCUCUCACUUGUCAAGGUAUUAUUUUUAAAACAAAAAUAAAUUUAAUUUGAGGGUAUGUCCUAUUAACCAGUUUUGAUAGUAGGAAGUUUAUUUUGUCCUUUGUUUAUUUUGGAUUUAGCACAGUUAUGUUUUGUAAAUUAACCAUAUCCUUUUGAUUUGGGGGAUGUUAGAGGUAGAAGUUAAAGUAAAUCACCCUAAUUCAAUAGAAGUAACCCUGGAUCAUCUCAGCCAGAUGCACGUCCCUGCAAGUCUUAAGAAUUUAUAAUAAUGUGAUUGAGCAAUCACGUGUUUCAGAAAACUAUACUGUUUGACACUAGUCACAGAGAUAUAUGUAUGUGUGUGUGUGUGUGUGUGUGUGUGUGCGCGUGCACUUACGUACAUAUACACAUGCACACAAAACUUUUUUUAAAUAAACUAAUGUUUACCAGGUAAUUUUUUAGAAGUCUUAAAUUUAAAAAAUGUUAAUUACAAAAAUUUUCUUUAGCGAUCUCAACCUAAGAUAUACGUAAAAUAAAUUUAAAAAUAUAUUUACAUGUUUUUGGAAAUUGCUGGCUAAUGAGUGUUAUAUUUUAGUUAUUGCAUCUUACUGCAUAUAAAUUAUUCACUGCUCAGAAAAAUAGCCUAGUGGUUAAAUACACAGCCUCUGGAGUCACACUGCUAGAUUCCAAUCACACUUCAACCACUUAAUAACUGUGUGACCUUAGACGAAUUACCUGAUUUCUUUGUUUCUAGUUUUGUCAUCUGUAAAAUGAAGAUACUAUUACCAAUCCCAUGGGGUCAUUAUGAAUAUUAAAUUAGUUAACAAAUAGAAAGUGCUUAAAACAAGGCCUUGAACAUGGUAAGGGCUGUAUAAAUGAUAUGAUUUACUACAAUUAUUAUUGUUGUUGUUAUUGUUACAUAGCUGACUAUCUAUUGGACUCAUCUGAAACAUGUAUGUUUUCUGAAACAGUUAUUUAGUAUAGCCCCCUUUUCCCCUUGUUUAUAAUAAUAUUCUGUUGCUAAAUAAAAAACUAUAUUUGAAAGGAAUCUACCACUCAAGAAGAACGUGUUAAAAAUAUUUCACAUUAUCCUGGAGGAUAGAAAAAAUAUUCUAUCUUGACUCUCCUUUGUGGCCCAGCAGUUGUUCACUUAUGAUACAUUCCUACAGCUAUGCAGCAUAAAGAAUGUGUUUUGGCAUAGAAACUGCAUAAUUUGGAGAGGUUUUAGUUGAUUAUCUUAAACAAAAAACUGUCAAACUAAUUUCAGUUCCACUGGAAACCCAGGGGGGUAAUUGUUUUUGCUAAAUGAGAGAAAAGAUACCAGCUUUUGAAUUAAAAGUAAUUUCAAGUGUUUAUGUUGGGAAAAUGGAAGAAAAAGAACAUUUGACUUCAGUGAAUUUUUAUCCACCAAACAUUUAAAGCCUUAGAAAAACUAUUUCCACUAAACUUUAUGAUAAAUAUAAUACCUUGUAUUUCUCCGUACAUGUUUAUGAAUUAGGUAGGGCAGGGGUUAUAAUCUACACUUUUACAAAUGAGAAAACUCAAAUUUGGGUUAAAUGUCUCUUGCAGGUCACACAGUGGGGGGUAUGAGUGGCUGAAUGAGGACUUAAACCCAUAUAUUAGUAUUUCCUCAUAAAUAUUCUGUUGAACUUUUUCCUACUAUUGCUUGAUUUUCCUUAAGUAUUGGAUUUCAUAUUGGAUUUUAAGAGACGAUACUUGAUUCUCAGUGAUUGAUCACUACUAUAUAUGGAGGAGGCUUAUUUUCCAUUAUUCAGACUUUUUGAUAUGUUUGUAAAUAGCUCCAGCCAUUUGUUUUUCCUUCUCCCUGCUCUGUCCCUACUUGUUGGCCAAUUCACCCACUUAGGAACACACCUCCAGUCCAUUGAACAGUGAGGGAAAUUAAACUAUCCAGCUUAUAACUAGUUAGCAGCUCUACUAGAAAGGUUUAGUAAUAAAGAGUUCCAUGGGGUUUAAAGAAUUCAGUGAUCUGGUUACCACAAAUCAUUGGAAAUUGUCAUAAUUUGGACGUAACCUUUCCCCAGGCAUAGGAUGCAAAUGUAGAGUAUCUGAGACGCAUGUAACGUUCAUCUCAUUAGUGGAACAGGCAUGACUAUGUAGCAUCCAGAUCUAAAGCUGGUAAAGAUUUUGGUUGUGUUCCAGUUCAGUAUUUCCAAAUCCUGACUGAUGAGAAUCACUUAGGAAGCAGUUAGAAAUAGUUUCCUCAUCUCAGCCUCUGGAGAUCCUGAUGCAGUAAAUUUAACUUUUUUAAAGAGUCUUUAAGAGUUUUUGAGCCUCUCUAGAUGAUUGUGAUGUUUGUCCAGGUUGGUGAACCAUGAGUCUGUCACCUCUUCAUGGCUUCCUCUCUAUUAAGGAGAAAGAAGGCCUUUAUUUUUUUAUUUUUUUUUUAUUUUUAAAAUUUAUUUAUUUAUUUAUUUAUUUUUGGCUGUGUUGGGUCUUCGUUUCUGUGCGAGGGCUUUUCUCUAGUUGUGGCAAGCAGGGGCCACUCUUCAUCGCGGUGCACGGGCCUCUCACUAUCGCGGCCUCUCUUGUUGCGGAGCACAGGCUCCAGGUGCGCAGGCUCAGCAGUUGUGGCUCACGGGCCCAGUUGCUCCGUGGCAUGUGGGAUCUUCCCAGACCAGGGCUCGAACCCGUGUCCCCUGUAUUGGCAGGCGGAUUCUCAACCACUGCGCCACCAGGGAAGCCCAAGAAGGCCUUUUUUCAGCUGGUUUAAAUUUCUCCUUCUUUUAAAAUGUUAUCAUUUUGUUAACCUCUUCAUCAUCUGAAUGUUUUUGUAUUGUAGGCACAAAAUACCUUGAGCUCCAAGAAGGUUUAUGGCUGUCUCUUGAUUUCCAUGUGAAUUAUAUACCUUGGGGGGUAUCCGUGGCUAACCUUUAAAUACCAGGGUUUUUUCUCCCUUCAUCUAAACAGUUAUCAAGCUCAUACAUUUAUUUAUGCAUUCAUUAAGCAAACAUCAAGUACCUAUUAUGAACUAAAUAUUGUGAGUGGCAUUGGGCAAAUAAAAAAUAAAUAUGUCCUGACCUCUCACAGACACAUUAUAAUACGGUCUGUUAUAAAAUGUUUAUUGUGGAUAUAUAUAUAUAUAAACAAAUAUAUAUAUUAUAAAUAUAUAAUACAAGUAAAUAUAUGAAGGAGAUGUUUGGGUGGGUUCUUUAGGAGCAUGGAAGAGGGAAGCAACCACGUCCUUAAUGAGUGAAGGAAGGCGUCACAAAGGAAUCAGUCUCUCAUCUUGAUCUUAAUGGAUGAUUUUAUCAGAAGAGGAGGGGCAGGGCAUCGGAGCUGGUGUGGGCAUGAAAGAAGCACCACAUCUUCAGGGAACUGCAAGGAGUUCACUGUGGUUAGAGUACAAGGGUGUAGGGUGAAAUGGGGGCCCAAGAUAAGGGGGAAAUGUAUGUUGAAAUUACAUCAAGGCACUUCUUCAUAUGCCUUACUAUAGAAUUUGAAUUCUGUCCUCAAACCAAAAAAAAUAUUUAGGGGCUCAAGUAAUGCCAUUUUGUCCUCAUAAUAUCAUUAGCAGAUAUAUUUGACAUCCCAAAGGUCAUAUUAAGACCAAAGGUAAAGAGUUUUGUAGCCUAUGUUUCUCCAGCCAUUUUUCAUCUUUCAGCAUAUUUAUUGAGCACUUGCAUGUCAAACACUUUCGAUGACAUAAAAAAUACUUCUUAAAUGUUCUCACGGAAUUUUCAGUCUAAUUUAGCAGAUGACAUAAAUACUUGAAAAGACCACAGUAAAGAGAUAGGAAUCUAUAAUUACUGAAGAGUCAGUGAGUAAUAAGGGUUCAAAAGAUGGAGAGAACUAGUCAUUUGUCUGAAAAGGCUUCAUGAAUACAGAGGAAGGAUAUGAGUUCAGUCGGCAGCAUGGGUUGGAUUAGAAUAGCUAGGAAAAGAGAAAAGUACUUUAAGUGGAAAAAAAUUGAGCAGUGGCAUAAAGGUGUGGAAAUAAGGGUUCAGGAAGUGUGUUUGAGGACAGCAAGUUGAUCACUUGCCUGGAUAGAGUUUCAUGUAGGGAAGGAGCAUUGACGAUAAGUAAAUACAGCUUCAAAAUGAAAUGAAACCUUUAGAAAACCUCCUAAGAAAGGCUAUUCCUGAAUUUGCUUUUGAUCCAUCUUAAAGAUAUCACAUAAAACUCAAACCGCAGCUGAACUUUAAAAAAUAAAUAUUUUGUAAUAGAAGAGUAUUUCCUGGCAUUAAGAUACUUUCAAACACUAAAAUCAUUGCCAGAGAUUUUCCAGCUUAAACUCAGCUGUUUAAAUGCAUUGGAAAGAGCUUUAGAUAGCUUUUUAUGUUUGGUUUAGACUUUUUUUUUCAAGGAAAAAACAGAAAAGUGUAGCCAUUGGCCCUGUGUACACAAAGAGCAUAAUUGUCAUGUCUUUGUCUGCUAGAUAUCUGCAUUUCAUUCAUUGUUUGCCCAUAGCCAGUGAACCUUAGGGAUAAUUCUUUCUUGCCUUGGACCAGAACAAAACUAUAGAUAAGUUCCACAAGUCAGACAUCAAAGAUUAAUAUAAAAACAUUUUCCAAUAAACUUAUAAUCAUUGUUUUUAUAUCAAUUUUUCUAGGAAAAUAUUGCAACUUUAAUUGGACUUUUCAAAUGUUAAUUAUUUUAUGAUCUUAAAAAACAAUACUGCAUAAAAAUUAGAAGAUUUAUGAAGUACUCAUGUGAAAGUAUCAAUAAAAACUUGAGGUAACUUGCAAUAUUUUUGUACAUUUUAUUGCAAUAUUCUGUGCAUUUCUACAAAGUCAUUUGUUUCUUUAAACAGAUUUCAUAUCUUACUAGUUUAAUGGUAACACAUACACAUUUCUUCAUUUUUCUAAAAUGAUGCAUAAAUGUAUGUUUAAUAGUUAUCUAAUAUUGCACUGAUGUGCUAUGAAUUAAUUUAAUCAUUCCUCUGUGGUUGGACAUUUCAGCUGUUUCCCAAGUGUGUGUGUCUAUUAUGUAUUUAAACCGAGAAGAAACAUGUUUGCACCAAAGGUAGGUUAUAUGAUCUACUUAUGCAAUGUGCAAGCAGAAAAUGGGUGACAGAAGGAUUGUUCUUCCAUUCUUGUUUGUUUGUACCAGAAUUCUCUAUUGUUUACAUACAUUUUAGCCUCUGUGUCAUUUUCAGAAGCUUUAUUUUUCUCACUUACUUUUUGGUUUGGAUAAGACUUAAAUAUAAAAUCCAUCUGCGAAGCAUAUUGUAUAUUCACAUUGAAGGCUAAAA